UUUCUUUUCCCAGAGACCUUUUAUGUGUCAACUUUACCCAUAAGUACCAGGAGCUCAAAGGCAAAUCGGAUUGCUUUGGCUGUAUCUAAGGGAGAACGCUAUCUCUGCUGUGACAAAGUCAAAAAACCCAAGUGUCCCUCAUUAAAAUUAAAGAAAAUUAAAGACCUGAAGUCCCUAAAACCUGAGAAGCUCCUGCCCUUGACCUUCCUGAAGGAAAAGGCUGGCUCCUACUUCACACUGGAGUCAGCUGCCAAUCCAGGGUACUUUAUCUACACCAGCAGCAAACCCAGGCAGCCCGUAGGAGUGACGAAGGAGCUGGGGAAACAGAAAAAUACCCAAUUUGAAUUUGUAAAUGCGAAUGUGGAUCUAAGUGAAGUCGAAGACUGA